UUCUUUACGGCCUCCUCCUCCUUCCUCCCUUUCUGUCUCGCUCACUCGUUUGCUUUAACUCAGAACGACGCCAUGAUGCCUUUAUGGAGUACACACACUAUUGCUGCUGCUACUACUGCCACUGACAGUAGUGUUCUAUGAAGAGAGAAGGCGAGGAAGUGUGAUAGACAGAUAGACAGACAGCUCGAGAGAGAGAAAGAGAGGAAGACAGCUAUAGAGACAUUAGGGAGGGAGAGUGAAAGACUGACCGAACUAUAUUAUAACAUAAAGCAAAAAGCAAGCUUUUUUCCACCGGCGCCAUGACCGCCUCCUUCUCAUUAAACGGGGGAAGGUGACGUUCUGACGACGAAAUACUGAUCUUAUGCGAGAACCGAGAUGAUGUUUGUGCACUUAGUUGUUUAUUAAGACCUACCAACUUCCUCAUCAGCAUCGCUUCAUUGUCGACAGAAAGAAAGGAAAAAAGGCCUUUUAAUCUAUUUAACUAAAAAAAAAAAAAAAGCAACUACCCCCUCCCAUUUAAUUCCAUACGGAGGUGGGAAAAAAGAAAUCAUCUCGCACACAUACACACACCACACGGUUCUAUAUAAUAUUAUCUAUACACACAUGUAUAUACAAUUAUACAUACAUUUCUAUAUGCAUACAUCUACACAUAAACACAUUACAAUAUAGUUUCUGGCGUCUUCUUCACACUCCCAUCAAGGAUUUCUCUUCACGAAAGCGAACAACACACGGGGGUCUUUUUAUGGAAAAGAAAAGUCUGCUUCUUUUCAGUCCACCAAAACAGAAUGGAUUAGUUUAUUUGAUUUUUUUUCGUUCGUUCGUUGCCGUGCUUGUUUGAAGACGACGAAGACGAAAGAGACGGCGGAAAGGCGGCCACGACUACGACAACCAAGCUCUCUCUCUCUUUCACUCAACUGCUUGUUAUUUAGCCGAGCAGCACCUCCUGCUCGAACCACCUAGGGUACGUGGCGAAAUCACGUGAUUCGAGUAUGAUCCCUUUCCGCCUUAUUUUCAUUCAGAAUGGCUAAUCUGGCCUCACGAUUUUGCAAAAUGACACGAAUCACGUGCUUAAUUUUACUUGAAUGAUACAAUAAUAAUGAAAAUGCUGUAGGAUUACCAAUACAAGAAAAGUGUUUUGCCUUUUUUUUUUUUUUUUAAAAAAAAAAAAAAAAAGGACUUUAUUGUGCAGGAAUACAUGAAUCUACAUAUAAUUUUUUCAAUUCUUGACUCUUAAGUGAGUCUUGAAAAACCCAGUCGUGCAUUCUUCAGUUGUAUAACUCCACUUUAUGUGGUCAUAUAACGGACUUUUAUGUGCAGCCCUUUGCCGCUAAGGGUAUGGUGCAUGGCCGCUAUGGCGCCAGCGCUCACGGAAGCGGCCACACAAGCACACAUUAAGCUGCCUCUUUCACCACCCUCUUCCACAGAUUGCAGCCUGCUCAACGGUCGGGAUAAAAAACCAACAAUUGGGGCGAAAGAAGAGUUCGGCAGUUCCGUGGCCAGAUCACCCGUGGAGAAAGGGUUCGUGAAACCCGCCCUGUCUGGUCUAACGUAUCUGCAGAACGUCAACGGAGGUUUGGCAAAGCCAGUAGUCGGCAACACGUCUGUUGCCGCGGCUGGUGGUGGUAGGUUGGUUCACCUGAGAGUUAUUCGAAACCUGUCCAAGGAACCCUACCAUCGGAGCGAGGUUACUGCCGCCAGAAAGGAAGGAGUUAACAAUUCCACCAAUACCAGGAAUCAAAUGAAUCGACAGAGUUCCUUUUCACCGCGAGGAUCUUUGGCUAUGAAUAAUAAUAUUAACAGUAAAAACAGUCUUACCAUUACCACUACUUCUACCACCACCACCACUACAACUACUACUACUACUAAUAACAAUAAUAGUAAUAUAUCUAGCGUUUGUUUCAGUGAAUAUCCUCAGCAGCGCCUUAAGAAUUCUCUCUCCAUUUUGGCGUCUAAAUUACAACGAUCUCAUGAAGGUUCGUCGAAAACGUCAUCAUUAAUAGUAAACAACAUGAAUACAAACGCCAUUGAUAAACCUUGUAAUGAGAGCAGCAUUGUUAGUGGAUCCGGAAGGAGUAUUGAAGGUGGCCUUGAUCUGCAGACUGUCCAACAGCAAGUGGAUAAGUUUCAAUGCAGUUUAGAGAAGAAAGCGAGCACUUUACUGAAGCGAUUACGUCGAAUCCAAGGCAGGCAGCUGGAACAACAUAUCAGGCACCAGUUAGCGGGUUUUGUGAACAAACAGCACAAAAACCUGCAGAGUAUGGCUAAAUCUAUCAAAUCGCCCGGCCCCAGCAAUGUAGCCGUCGCCGAUCUGAAGACAGAGUUGCUGCAGAGCGAAGACGUACGGAAUUUAUCCACUGCCGCCCUGGUCAACCUAGUCAGGAAACUGCAAUCAUCUCAGCCGAUUUCGAUCGGUCAUCAGAGGCUGAUACAGAACGUCUCGACCAAGAUAGACUCCAACAGCGUGCUGAAACUGGACAAGGCGACAUGCGAAGAGUCGGAGCGUGUCGCAUGUCAAUUGAACACUGCUCUCAGGCAUAUGGAAUCAUCUCUGGACUCUGAUGCAACGGAGAGUAGUUCUGGUGGUGAAAGCUCUGAUGAAUGCGAGUUUGGUGAAGUCGACACAGAAAAGAAAAUGCAAGACAUGCCUCUUCAUCGAAGAUCUGAAUGGAAAUGGGCUGCUGAGCGUUCCGCCAUUGCUUCACGAUGGACUUGGUUACAGGCUCAAGUUUCUGAUUUGGAAUAUCGAAUACGACAGCAAAGUGAUACACACAGACAAAUAAGAAGUGAGAAAGGGGACUUGAUAUUUGAAUCUCUACAAACUCAACCUGUAACAUAUAAUUCACGGACAGGAGAAAUCCUCAAUCAAGAGGAAAAAAGUGGAGAGAAGAGAACAGAAAAAUCUAAUAAACCCUUUGUUUUUCAGUCCUCAAAAUUUAAUCAGUCAUUAGUUAACUGCAUUUUACCUCUUGGUCUGACAUCACCAAUGUCUAGUGGUAAAGACACUUGUCAGUCCUCAACACAGAAAUCCUUAAAUGGAUUAAUUGAUAGUAACCAUAAUGGAAAAAGUGUUUCAACCAGUGAUGUAGCUUCACCAACAGUAAAGACUGAUGAUAAGCUACUGUUAGAGAAUUCAGAAUCCUUAGCUACACCUACUGUGCCUGUUGAUGUUACAUGUCAGGCUGCAAGGUGUCGCCCUGUAAAAAGCUACAGAAAAAGGAAACUAUUUCGAACUGCUGGUUUGCACCAGUUAUAUCGAAAAGCUACUCGUCUUUCAACUGUAAAAUGUCAUUGUUAUACUCCAGUUAUUCCUUGUGCUAUGUGUGGAGGACGUUAUAAUAACACUCAAACUUUAGAUCCUGACCUCAUGCCUUUACAUGAAAGGUUGUCACUUUUGGAUCCUUCUUUUCAUCCAGUUUUAUCUUUUUCUCAAGAAAUUCCAUUACCUGUUCAUUUUGAAGCACUGUUAAAAAGUGGUGAAUGGCAGAACAAACCUUCCCCUAAGCCAACUAAAUCAACAAAUGAACGCAGAAGGCAAAAACUUUUACAAAAUGAAGCUCGACGUACCAGCAAAAAGUUGAAAAAUGCUGCAGCAGUAUUGCUGUCAUCAGCGAAAUUCAGAAGUCGAUAUGACAAAAAACCUGUACAGAAAUCUCGUCCACCUUCAACUUCACCUGUCUCACUGACUAUGACCACAUCAUCAGCCACAUCGUCCUCUUUGCCUACAACUCCGCAAAACAAAGUGACAGAUAAACGUCUCUGUAGAACUGAAAUCAAGAAACGCAGGGCAGCACAGUUGGCUAUUGCUCUGAAGAAAUUACCUUCGCGUUCUCUUUCAUUGGGCAGCGGCAGACUUGGAAAGCGGAGGUUUAGAAUGACCUCUGAAUCCUCUGGUUUGAAAGAUGCUUCGUCUGCAAUGAAUUUUCCUUCAUAUACUUUUAAAGAAAUGAAGGAAGCUACACUAAGGAAAAGACGUGGGGAGAGUGCCUUUGAUAUCAAUAAUAUUGUCAUUCCGUAUAGUAUGGCUGCUUCUACCAGAGUCGAAAAGUUACAAUAUAAAGAAAUAGUAACGCCAAAGUGGCGAGAAAUUGGAGAAGAUUCUUCUGAGUCUAAAACUGAAACUGAAGGAAUCAAUUCAUCUGUAAAGUCUCCCUGUACCACAAUAAAGGAAGCUAUUUCUGGCAAGACCAAUGGUAUCAUAGUUCCAGCUCAUAUUAAGAAUGAAAGUGAUGAUGAAACUGAGACAAAUGAUGCUGAGGAUGAUGAGCUUCCCAUAGAAGAUCUAUCUGAUGAACUUUACAUACAGCGGCAUGCAAAGUGUGAAAUUCAAGAAAAGAAAAGAUUUGUAUCAUAUUUUCAACAUGGCAGGCGCAGUAAUCGCUCUGUGAGGUUAGAUGAUUCUGAUCCAAUUUCUCCUGAAUCUGUUAGCUUAAUGGACAGCAAUUCUAUGGUUGGUUCUCCAACUCACUCAUUGACUUCUAGCCGUCAUGGCAAUGAAAGCUUACACUCAGUGGCAUCACAGUUUCCCCCUCUACCACCUUUGCUACAAUUACAGGUUCAGUCCCCUUCCCAGUCUGUUACAAACCCAAACAUACACAAACAUCCUUCAAUGCAAUCUGUCACUGAGUCAAAGUCUUUCUUUGCAUCAAUAGACGACGCAUCUGAUGAAUUAAAACAGCUGGAAAACCAACAAAAUGUGUUUGACAAAUCCUCUUUACUUCGUGAAGAAGUGGGGGAUGUCAAUAACAAACACCAACAGAGUCUGCUCACAUCCUGUCAGUCAGCAAGUGGUUCUAAAAAACAGUCUUUUGAACAAACUCUCUUGAAAUCAGAAGGAGCAGAACAUUCUCAUCAGAUGCUGGCAGGUUAUAAGCUAUCGCCAGCAUCAUCAACAUUUCAUCAUUCAUCUAAGUUGACUCCUCCUCAAGCUUUUUCAUUAGACAGUUGUUUACAGACUCGCCCUUCUACUCCAACCACUUACUCUGCUGGUCAGUUACUAAGAUGUAAUGAUGAGCAGAUUGGUAGACGCCGGAGUAGUUCUGUGUCAAGAACAGAUCGUUUUUCAUAUGAUGAUGAAAACAUGACCAUCUCUCAUGAAAUGUUUGAGCAUUUAUGUGUUGAACCUUGGGUUCCACGGACAUUCCCUCUUAGUGAAGAAGACGUUGAAAAAUUACAUGUAGGAAAUUCCUCAGUGGAAGUACAGAAAAACCCUUCAACGACCUCUCCAGAAAUUUCUCAAGCUGAACUAGCAACACCUGGAAGCAGCCAUCCAUGCUCUCCACUGCCCAGCAGUUCCUCCGCUUCAACUACUGAGGAUGAUCCCAACGAUCCGGAGUGGAAGGUCAUUGGUUCUAAAUCUGGUAUAGUACUUCGGCUUGCCAAAAGGUGACUCCAACUCCUUGGGAUGGUAGGUGUUCUGAUAUAGUGGCACUGCUAGUGCUACUGCAGCUCCUUCCCAUCACCAUAACUGCCAUUACUACUACAUCUACUACUACAAUGACAUCCCUGCUAAUUGGUUUUAAAGAUAUGUCACCAACUUGCAUAUAUGGGGAUGUAGUUAACUGGAUUCUCCUUGGAGUUGACUAAUGGUACGAGCAAAAAGGCGUCGUUGAUGUCUUACUGGUGAUGAUGCUGUGUUCAGCUAAGCAAGCUAGCAAAUAUAUUUGCUUCCUCACUAAGAGAUGCAUUAAUGGAGAGAAAAGUAAUACGUAUGACCAAAAGUAAACACUUAAUGCCCCCCACUCCCUAUCCCCUCCAUGUUUUUGAUCCCAAUUCUUAAGUGAUUUUCUUUUUAUGGUUAUGUUUCUGUUACACACAUACACACACAACUUUGAUGGAUGGAACUUUAUUUUUCUCCAUUUUUGUUCUCUUCUUCCUUAGUUUUCCAGGUAUCCUCUUGAAUAGGUAGAGGAGGUAAAAAAAAAAAGAAAAUACUCUACUUACUUCUACCAUGGGUGCCCCUCCAUAAAAAUCUAUUGAGUGGGGAGGUUGAAGAGAGGAUAGGUGAUUGCAAGUAACUUUGGAGAAGUGCUAUAUGACAAAGGUGAAAAAUCUUAAUGAGCAAAACUUUUUUUAAUUCUCUCCACACCCAUUUCCUUUUACCUUUACAGUUCUCGGAUAUUUGCCUUAUCUCUUUGUAAAAUAUAACUGUUGUGUUUGUUGGGGGGCUUUCAGAAUGGCUUGAUAAUAUUUCUUGAAGUUCUACUUGAAUUAGUAUAAUGAGAGUGGCUGGAUUUCUUUGUUUUUUUUUUCUUUAUUAUUUAUAUAUUUUCUAUGCUCUCUAUGAUCAGAAAAAUCGUCUAGUACUAAAAUGGAAAAAUAAAUAGUUUUAGAGGUUUAAAUAUUGUUUUUCUUUCUUUCUGUUAAAUAUUUAAUUUUUUUUCUUCUUUUUAUAAGGGAGUGCCCUACUUUUUCUAUCUGUUCCUUCUGUUCUUUUUUUUCUUAUUUGGACUACUGCUGGCAGUAAACCUUAAGAUCAUCCUGGGUGUUGAACAUUGUUGUUUGUAAUCCCACUUUUCACUUUAUAUAUAUAUUUUUUUUUAGUCUCUUCCUGUUCUCGAACUAUACCAAUCCAGAUUUGUGAUUCAGUGGAAAUUGCAAAAAAAAAAAAAAGAAAAGCAAAAAAAUUUUAAAUUGCUAUGUUUGGUAUUUUAAAAAUUGAAUUAGAUGUAUUCCCUGUUUCGCUUCUUAUUAAGAUCUAAGUAUUGAAAUUAUUGUUUUUGUCUUUUUAUUUUUCCUUAUGCAUGGGGUCUACUUCAAUUUAAAAACAAAAUAUUGUCAGUUAUAUGACUAAUAUUCACUUUUUAUCUAUCUUAUCUCUGUUGGAGAUGCAAUGUUCAAAAGGUAACUUGAAUUUGUUCAGUAUAAUAUAUAAUUCACCAUUAUCUGAUUCAUCAGAGGGAUUUUACAAACCCUUGAAUGUCACCUCUACUCCCAAGGACUUCCUUAUGUAUAUUUUAUUAUUUCCUCCCUCCUUUUCUUUCUAAUUUUUUUUUUCUUUGCAAUAUCGUAAAUCAAAAAUAAUCUAAUAUCUAUAGCAAUUGUCUUGUGCUCUCUUUUCUCUCCAAUAUUGCUGGUACAUCCAACCACUCACUUGCCUAUUUCCUGGUCAGUUAGCUCCUAAUCUUUCAGCUUAUCAAGUUCAUUAUUAUCAAAGGAGGAGGGGGAAGAAGAAGAAAAAAAACAAAAAUCAAGCUAAACAAAAACAAACAAAAAAACCCUUUCUUUGUCAUAUAGUGCUGCCUAAGGUUGGUCAAUAAUCUAAUUCCCUUUCUUUACCUUAGUUAUCACUUCAUCGGUCCAUUUCUACACAAGUGGAGUUGUGAUUGUGUUUCAAAUGCAGGUUUUUUUUAACCAACCUGGUUGUCAUAACCCUGUCUUGUAUUUUGAUGUCUGGAAUAAUUUCUAGGAAAUUAAAGGAGGAGGAGCUAUAUACUUAAUACUGCAUUUAGUUAAUUCAUCUGUGGAAUCUGACUAAUAAUUAUAUAUUAGUUCAUUAUGUUUGGGGCUACAGUUUUGGGUUUUUUUUUUCUUUUCCCCCCAUCCAGUAUAUUUGGCUACAAGCUAACUUUAGUAUCUCCUAAAAAAAAAACAAAAAAAAGUCGUAGCUAGCUCUGCCUCCAAUUUAGCACUCCCAAACUGUACAACUUUUAUGUUGAAAUUUGCAAAAUAGCAAGCUAACAUAAAAAAAAAAAAACAGCAGAAAAACUUUAAAAAAAAACAAAGGAAAAAGAAAAAAAUCAAUAAAAGAAAUUCUCGUA